CUUAGCUGGCUACAUUAAAAGGGCCAUAAAUUUGUAACCUUUAUUUUAUGUGUAUUCCUUUCAUAAUCCUCUUUAAAUCAUAUGGAAAUAGGAACUCUUUGAACAUUGACGCUUGUUAAUUAGAUUAACUUUCUGUAAGAUCAUUGAAUAAAUUUUUUCUCUGUCUUGAAGAAAAAUUAGGCUAAACUCAAGACGUUAAUGAUUAAUGAACUUAUGAUAUCCUCAAUUAGUGGCCUUACCUGGUAGGCAGAUAUCUACUUGAUAUUAAACCCAACAGAACAAAUAUAUGCUUCAUAUCCACAUUUUUGUGCUUGUACCCUGCUCAUGUAAUUACACUUUGUUUCUGGAUCCAUACCCUUACAUUGACUUAUUGAAUUGUGACAGAAUCUUUUUCAAGUGAACCUCAAAGUGUUAUAAUGCACUUAUUUCAGUUACUCGUCUAUGUUGGUAGUUAUAUGUCUGUUCUAGCUUGUGUUUCUUAAAUUCCCUUGGUGAGAAGUUGAGGAUUUCAAGAGCUAGUUUGCUGAAGCAUAUCAAGAAAAAUUGUGCAAUAUACAUGGUUGGCAGGAGAAACUACGCCUGUUGCAUAUACUAAUAUCUUUUCAUUAACUGUGGCCAUAUAUUAAAUUAAUAACCAUAUGUUGGUUGGUGAUACCGCAGUUUAAUGGUGCAUGUUAUCUUUAUCAAAAUCUCAUUCGUCCAUGUUUUCCGGUUAAACUGCACGAUAGUAUCAGGCAGUUUAAUGAUUCCUGUUAUGUUUACUAACGCCUUCUAUAUUUUUGCUUGUCUGUCAUCCUCCAAACUGUUACUGACUGGUUUAACAAGCCAAUGGAGGAUCCAUCUCUCAAGAAUGAAACAUUUCUGGCUGUGGCAGAGAGGUGUCUCGAAGAAAAUGGAUCUGAUGCUCUCGAGAAACUUAUUGCAAACAAGGUAUGUCAGACAUUACUUCAGCAAGGAGUAGCCAGUUCAUUACCGAAAUGGACACGCGCUUGUUUUGAUGCUACAUCGUCCAAGGAUUAUACUUCGGAUCAUCAUGCAGAAGAGAUCAAGCCUACUGAUGCUAGUGCUGAAGAAGGAGCGCUCACCCCCAACCAGACAGAACGUGAAGGAAGUGGUCCUGUUUGGGAAGAUAUCACAGUGAUGGAGAAUAUGGCAAAACAUGAAGCAGCGGAGCCCAAACAGGUCAAAAGUGUGAAGGAAAAUCCAAUUCAGAUUGAGAAGAAAACGACAGGAGUGCUGGUCAUGGAAAUGGUAAUUCCAGCAAAUGCUGAAGAGAUUAAACUUCCAGAGAUUAUAUCUUCAAAGCAAGUUCAGACAGAGUGGACUUGUGCAGUAUGUCAAAUGACAACCACCUCGGAGCAAAACUUGAAGUCCCAUCUUAACUGAAGGAAACAUAAAGCAAAGUGUAAAGGGCUGAAAACUUGCAUGCAAAACGGCCAAAAGUGAAGGAAGCUCACCUGUUGCAACUAAGUCAAAUCAGCUUAAUCAGGAGCAAGUAAAACAUGCAGCUGCAGCAGGAUUGAAGCACGGUGCUAAUGAAGCAGCUGAGCCCAAACAGGUUAAACGUGUGAAGCAAAAUCCAAUUCAGAUUGAGAAGAAAACAACAGGUGUGCAGAUAAAGGAAACAGUGCUUCCAGCAGAUGCCGAGAAGGUUAAACUCUCAGAGACUGAUUCCGUAAAGAACGUCCAGACAGAGUGGACUUGUGCUGUAUGUCAAGUGACAACCACCUCAGAGCAUGACCUGAAGUGCCAUCUUCUAGGGAGGAAACAUAGGGAAAAUAGUGAAGAGCUAGAAACUCGCAGGAAAGCGGCCAAAACUGAUAGAAACCCACCUUUUACUUCUCAAGUAUGCCAGACAAGCUUAAGCAGGAGCAAGUAAAACAUGUAAUUUCAACUCAAAGAAAGCACAGUACUAAUGAGAAACCUAAAGAAAAGGUCCAACUAGGAGCUACUGGACAACAUGAAAAGCAGAAGCAAGUGAAGAAAUGGUGGUGCUAGUCAUAAUUCUAAGCUGUGGUGUAGUUUUUGUAACAUUAGGUGCCCUGGCUAGAUUGGUAUGCCUUCACAUCUUAACGGUAGGAAGCACUUGGCAAAACUUCAAGAAACGAUUGGUGGAACGUGGGGUUUGGAUGCAAAUAUGCAGUUUUACCCGCGUAUUUGAAGGUGUUUGGUGUCUUUUUGGGGAUGUACUGUUGAAGCAACUUUGUUCUAUUAUCCAUACUGAAAUUUAAUUGCUUGAUCACUGGAAAGGAAAAAAGAGGAAAAAUCUAUGUCAAAAGGUGGAAUAUCGUUGUGUAUAGUCAGUUGGUAUGAGUAAACAGAGCCUCUAAUUUUAACUUGGCUUUUUGUUUCUUCA